UGGAAGACGAAGCAACGCAAACGCAGUUAUUUGCGUCUCUCUCACACCAGAGGACGUCGAAUGGGACAAGGGAGACAGAAGAUAUUUCUGAUCGAUAUCACCAUGCUGACGCCAUGCGAUGUUUGCGGCAAGAAAGCGGAGCGGAGAAAUCUCGCCAUCCACAUGAGAACCCACACGGGAGAAAAGCCAUUCGAGUGCACUGUGUGUAGUAAGAAAUUUUCGCAAAGCGGUCAUCUGGAAAUACAUGUUCGCAUUCACACAGGAGAAAAACCCUAUGAAUGUACCGUGUGCUGCAAGAGAUUUUCAGAUAAAAGUGCCCUGGUCAUCCACAGCCGGACCCACACCGGAGAGAAGCCUUACGGGUGUAACGUGUGCGACUACAGGAGCGCCACGAGUGGAAGUCUCAAGGUACACCUCCGCACCCACACCGGGGAGAGGCCCUUCGGGUGUACGGUCUGCGACAAGAAAUUCAGGGAUAGUGGAAACCUGAGCAAACACCUCAGAACCCACACUGUAGAUGAGACCUAUGCGUGCUCUGUGUGCAACAAAAAACAUAGUAACAGUGCGAAUUUGCGGGUUCAUCUUCGAACACACACGGGAGAAAAGCCGUUUCAAUGUGAUAUCUGCAGCAAGAGUUUUUUAACUGGAUCACAUCUCCGAGUACAUGGACGUUCUCACACUGGAGAGAAGCCUUAUGCGUGUACAUUGUGCGACAAGAAAUUCUCGGUACUUAGCAGUCUGAAAACGCACAAUCGUAUCCACACAGGGCAGAGACCAUUCGAGUGUGACUUGUGCAACAAGAAGUUUUCAGCCAGUUGUCAUCUGCGCGCACACCGCCUUACCCACACCGGUGAAAAGGCCUUUGAGUGUACGCUCUGCGACUUCAGGUGCACCACGAGUGGAAAUCUCAAGUUACACCUCCGCAGCCACGCGGGUGAGAAGCCUUAUGAGUGUGCGUUCUGCGACAAGAAGUUUGCGCAUUCUAGCGGUCUGCGUUCUCACCUUCGCGUUCAUCCGGGAAAACGGCAUGAUGAAUUUGAAUGCUCUGUGUGCAAGAAGAAAUUCGGAGAAAAGGGAAAACUUAAAAUUCAUCUCCGAACCCACACGGGCGAGAAGCCGUUCGAGUGUGUCGUGUGCAAUAAGGCAUUUGUAGCUAGUGCACGACUUACAGCUCAU